AUGACAACGGUGAGAGCUUUGUUACGUCUUGUGGCUGCAAAUAAUUGGGAAGUGCAUCAAAUGGAUGUGCACAAUGCUUUUCUUCAUGGUGAUCUUCGCAAAGAGGUGUAUAUCAAGCUUCCGCAAGGUUUUACAUUUUCAUCUCCAAAUAAAUUACCUCGCUUACACAAAGCUCUUUACGGAUUACGACAAGCUCUGAGAUGUUGGUAUGAGAAGCUAUCUACGGCUCUCGCAAAGGCUGGUUUUGUUCAGUCUUAUUCUGACUACUCUUUGUUCACCUACACACGUGGGAGUGUAGAGAUUCGGGUCUUAGUUUAUGUUGAUGAUCUUGUUGUUUGUGGUAAUGAUAGUGAGGCCAUUCACAAAUUUAAGAAAUAUCUUGGAGAGUGUUUUCAUAUGAAAGAUUUGGGAAAACUUAAAUAUUUUCUCGGCAUUGAGAUUGCCCGCAACAAAGAAGGUUUUAUGUUGACACAAAGGAAAUAUGCGUUGGAUAUUGUAAGUGAAACAGGAUUGUUGGGUUCAAGGCCUGCUGCUACACCAAUGGAACAAAACCAUCACUUAGCUUCGGGUACUAGUCCUUUCAUUCCAGAGCCAGCAUCGUAUCGAAGACUAGUCGGUCGUCUUAUCUAUCUUGCCAAUACUCGACCUGAUCUUUCUUAUUCUGUUCACAUCUUGUCACAAUUUAUGCAAAAGCUGCGGGAAAGGCAUAUGGAUGCUGCGUUAUGUGUAGUCUUGUAUCUUAAAGGAACAGCAGGGCAAGGUAUUUUACUCAGUUCUCGUUCAAACUUGCAACUCUCAGUUUAUUGUGAUGCCGAUUGGGGUAUGUGUCCGCUCUCUCGUCGUUCUUUAACCGCCUAUGUUGCUUUGCUUGGUGGUUCUCCUAUCUCUUGGAAGACUAAGAAACAAAAAGUGGUGUCGCAAUCGUCUUGUGAAGCAGAGUAUCGUGCAAUGUCUAUUGCCACACGUGAGAUAAUGUGGUUACGACAACUUCUUAAAGAUUUGGGUUUUCAACCAAACGGACCUUCUCGUCUCAUUUGUGACAUUAAGUCUGCGCUUUAUAUUGCUACUAAUCCCGUUUUUCAUGAAAGAACAAAACAUAUCGAGAUCGAUUGUCAUCGGGUACGUGAUUCCAUCAAUAGUGGAGUUCUUACAACUGCACACAUUGGUACUAAGGAGCAAUUGGCUGAUCUUUUGACUAAAGCUUUGGGGAAAGUUCAGUUUAGUAAUCUAAUGUCCAAGUUGGGCGUUUGUAAUCUACACGCUCCAUUUUGA